AUGGACCCAACAAAAACCGCCUCCUCAACCCUGCACCUCCUCGAAUCGCGCCUCCACCGCCUCACAUACCUCCUCACAGGCGACGCAGCCUGGACGGGGUCUCCGACGCCCCCUGCCAAGCCAUCCUCGUAUGAGGAAACUAUCUCGAGACGGCUGCUGCAUCUGGAAAGUGAAUUGGAGAGGCUUCGUGAUAGGUCGGCUGUUGCGAGGGAUCUGCUUGGGUUGUACGAUCGAUUCCCCGAUCUUUUCAAACCCCCCUCAAGCACACCAUUACCCUCCGACCUCAAAACCAGCAAAAGCAGCGCCGAUAACGAAACUACGACCACCACAGACCUCUCCUCAACUCCCACCCCAUCAGAGGAUCCGUCCCUCCCCCUCUCAACCCAGACAGCCAUAAUCCUCUCAUAUACCACUUCCUUUCCCGAAACUGCAUCGCGCCUUACAAGCCUGCAAGACCUUCCCAUCCCUCCCGCAACACAAUCUGCCUCGUUGAUCGAGCUGCAGCCGCGGAUUGAUACGUUAUCGAAAAAGCAAGAGGCGCAGGCGCGCGAGGUUGCGGAGCUGCGUGUGCGCACGGCGAAGGUAUUGCAGCGGUGGUAUGAGGUUUCGGUACUGGGUGGUGGAGAGGUUUGGGGGGAGUGGGAGGGGAGGAUCGAGGGGGUUGAGCGGGGAGUUCGGAGAGGGGAAGUCAAUAGGGAGAGGGAGAAUGCGUGA